UUGUUUGUGACCUCAGGUGUCCUGUCUCUGCCGGCCCAUUUCAGCCCCUACACGGAGAACCAGCAGACGCCUGUGGACAGCAGGGAGGAUGCUUAUGCACAGCUAGAGCUGAGGACACUGGAACAGUCCCUGCUGGCUACCUGUGUAGGCAGCAUCUCUGAACUCAGUGACUUGGUGUCCCGGGCCAUGCACCACAUGCAGCGCCUGAGCUCAGUGCGUCCAGGCCAGAGCCCAGCCCGUCACACCCGUGCCCAGCAGCCCGUGUCCUGGUCGCCUGACGCCCUCCACACCCUUUAUUACUUCCUGCGCUGCCCGCAAAUGGAGUCCAUGGAGAAUCCCAACUUAGAUCCCCCACGCAUGGCUCUUAGCAGAGAGAGGCCAUUUCUUUUGCUGCCACCCCUGAUGGAGUGGAUGAGAGUGGCCAUCGUUCAUGCUGAGCAUCGCAAAAGUCUACUUGUGGACAGUGAUGAUGUGAGACAAACUGCAAGACUUCUCCUUCCAGGACUGGACUGUGAGCCAAGACAGCUGAAGCCCGAGUGCUGCUUUAGCUCCUUCAAGCGUCUGGACUCCAAAGCUGCCACAGAAAAGUUCCACUUAGACUUGGGUUUUCGGAUGCUCAACUGUGGCCGUACUGACCUCAUUGGCCAAGCCAUUGAACUUCUUGGGCCUGAUGGGGUUAACAGCAUGGAUGACCAGGGUAUGACCCCCCUGAUGUACGCCUGUGCAGCUGGAGAUGAGGCCCUUGUUCAGAUGUUGAUUGAUGCUGGGGCCAACCUUGAUGUUGCGGUUCCACCAUGCUCCCCGAAGCACCCGUCUGUGCAUCCUGAUAGUCGGUACUGGGCAGCCCUCACGUUUGCCGUUUUGCAUGGACACAUCUCCGUAGUCCAGCUUCUGUUGGAUGCGGGGGCCAACGUGGAGGGGGCAGCCGUCCGCAACGGACAGGAGAGCACAGCGGACACUCCUCUGCAGCUGGCCUCAGCAGCAGGAAACUAUGAGAUGGUGAGUUUGCUCCUUGCACGGGGCGCUGACCCCUUAUCAAAGACUCAUGAUGGAAAUGCCCUCACAUCGUCCCUUUAUGAAGACAUGAACUGCUUCAGUCAUGCUGCUGCACAUGGACACAGAAAUGUGCUGAGGAAGCUACUGACUCAGCCUCAACAAAUCAAAGAGGAUGUCCUGUCUCUCGAGGAGAUACUAGCUGAGGGAGUGGAAGAUGAGGUCGCCGGGAUCUGCCCUUUCCUUCGUCUGUCCCCUCUACCAACCCCUUCCAACGGCAAUGCAGCUCUGCCAGAGGUCGGCAUUCCAAAGCUUUGCAAAGCCAGGACCAAGGCUCUGCAAGAGGCUAGCUACUACAGCGCUGAGCAUGGCUACCUUGAUGUCACCAUGGAGCUUCGCGCAAUGGGUGUGCCGUGGAAACUGCAUGUGUGGCUGGAGUCUCUUCGCUGUGCCCAGCAGCAGUCCAGGGCAGGGAUCACCCUCUGCCUCCUCAGAGAGUUCACCACUAUCCGAGAGGAAGACUACUGCGAGGAACUGGUGGCUACAGGCCUGCCACUAAUGUUCAAUAUCCUACGAACCACCAAGAACGAUGCCAUUACACAGCAGCUGGCAGCUAUUUUUAGUCACUGUUUUGGUUCAGCCCCCCUUCCAGCCAUCCCUGAGAUGAAGGCAUCUCUCUCAGCACAGUUGGAUCCGCACUUUUUGAACAAUCAAGAGAUGUCAGAUGUAACAUUUGUGUUGGAAGGAAAACCAUUCUACGCACACAAAGUCCUUCUGAUUACUGCAUCUGACAGAUUCAAGUCCCUGCUGGCAUCGAAUGGGUCAGACGGAAGCCCGAACAAAGAGAUUGAGAUCACCGAUGUCAAUUACAGCAUUUUCCAGAUGAUGAUGUCAUACUUGUACUGUGGAGGGACCGAGUCGAUAAAGACUAAUGUGCCUGACUUGUUGGAGCUGCUGUCAGCUGCUAGUCUGUUCCAGCUGGUGGCACUACAAAGACACUGUGAACUCAUCUGCUCUCAACACAUCAACUUGGAUAAUGCAGUCAGCAUUUACAAGACAGCCAAGACUCAUGGUUCAGUGGAGCUGUGCUCAUUCUGUGAAAGUUAUUUCUUGAAGCAAAUGCCCGCUCUGAUAGAAAAGGAGGGUUUCAGGAGCUUGUUGUUGGGACCGCCGGGGGCCCGACACGCGAACAACUCCUCUUCACUGACUCGCAGUCGGGGUGACUCACCUCUAGAGGAGCUGGAGGCCAUCUUGGCUCAACGUCUACGCUCCCUCUAUGUCUCAUCUAGAGUCUGA